AUCAUGGCACGUUAUCAGUUCCUCAGUUCGCUCCUUCUCCUGCUGGCCAUCUGCGCCGUGAAUUGUGCGGCACAGGCACCACUUCGGCGUACUCUGCGUCUGCGUCCGGUGGCGUUCGCCCGGCAGGAGGUGGCUCCCACGCCCUAUCCCUCGGCUGCUGAGCUGAAACCCGCCGCCGAACAGCCCGCACUGACCUACGGACCUCCCGAGGAUGUGGAUACAGAUGCCUUGCCGUCGGAACAGGAGCUACCAGUGGACACUUUCGAGCCUACCCCAGAAAACGAGGAGGUGGACACCGAGGAGAGCUCCCUUGAGGCCACCACACCCUCCUCCGCUCCGGCCCGCCUACGCAGCCGCCAGAGACUGGCCAAGUUGCAGCUGUCCAAGCCCAAGCGUCUCCGCCAACGCAUAGCUCGCCUGGAGGAGCUGCCCGUGAAUGAAGAAGUGGCUCCGGUGGCUCCGGUGGUUCCAGUUGCUCAGGCACCAGCAUUGGCCACGCCCCAGUUUUACUAUGUGGGUGCCCAGCAACCGUACUACCUGGCAGCCUACAACGCUGCCCCCCAGCAAGUGGGCUGGUAGUAACGCUAGUUUU